AUGGCGGGAGCUCAAGGGAAGUGCUUUCUUGUCACCGGACCCCCGGUGAGGAAAUGUUUCCCCCUAUCUUCCUCUUGCUACUGUGUUUCCGGCAUCGUCGUUUGCCCGUAGGGAGACGCUCUGAGCAAGUGGAAUGCAGGGAGUGGGGAAGACGACGCUGGUGAUGAGAGUGCUGGAGAGCCUUAGGGCCUCCCACCCCGACCUCAAGGUCCGUGGAUUCUACACCCGUAAGCGACACACCCUCUGUGUCUUCCUUUCUGGGACUUCAUCUAGGCAACUGCAGUUGUCUGUGACUCAAUUAAUUGACGUCGUCCCGUCUUUGAGGUUUAGGAGAAGUGAGAGAAGGUUCGCAUAGGGUGGGAUUUGAGGUCGUGACAUUGGACGGCAGGCGCGGACCCCUUGCUUCUAGCUCUGCGUCCAGGUGCGCCCUCGUUCGUUAUCCCCCAACUUUUUUUUUCAGGAGAACCUGUUUUGAUCCAAGAAUGUUUCUGAUAAAAAUAUAAGUGGAUGGGUUAUACAGGUUUGCAUUCUACUCGUGAGAUGCUUACCACUUUCUUUAUCAACUUUUUGUCCUGGCUGGUAUUUCAGUAUGAUCAAUAAACCAAACAGUUCGGAUCUUAUACUGCUGGUGGCAUUUCUCUUUGAUGCAAGUUUCUAGCGUUUCAUCUGUGGAAACCAAGCUUGUACUGUAUUAUCAUCAAAGCAUGCUUGACACAGCAUCUGAGUAUUAAUCUAGAUUUUUUUUUCUUUUAUUGGAGAUUGUCGCUUGGUUUCAUGAUGUUAAGUUUUUCGUGCAAGAAAUGCGUAGGUGAUCCAUCAAACAGUUAGGCCAUGUAGGCUCAGAAAGACUAGAACAUCCAUAAUAACAUGGGAGUAUGACCUGAAGUGAGGCUCUGGGUAGUUAUCAUCAGGGUAUCAACUGUAGCUUACACAUUAUUAUGUCAAGAAAAUAUUCUCCAGAUAGAGUUGAUGUCCGAUGGGUCUGUGGGUCAAUUAAUCUCGGAAUCUCCUUGGAUCUAUUAUCUGAUCUAUAUGUCCAGGCAUUAAUUUAUCCUCUGUAAUGAUUCUUGCCGAAUCAACUACGACUAGAACUGGAUAUAAAUGAAAGCAUACAGAAGAGGAAUAACGUCGUGCAUGCUUCAGAGUUUCCCCAACAAAAGCUGCGCGAAGAUAUUAUUUUUGAAUUCACUGUGUUCUUUUUGCGGCCAUGAACUCUUUCUCAACCAUACCUGGACCGAAUGGAAUUUUGUGAUGAAGUUUUGAUCCACUAGAAAGUUGAUUAAUAAUUUAGUGUAGUCAGCCAGAAAAAACUAGGAAGGUAAUAUGCAGGGCAGAGGGACUCAUUAAUUACUCUAUAAGCAGGAAUUAUUCAAACUGUAUAAACAAGUCGGGCCUAAGUAUAAUGUGGAUCGUUAGGCAAAAACCAUGGAACAUACUGUACAAGAAGCUAGAACGAGAGAGAGAGAGAGAGGCCUCUAAACAAUAGGAAAAUGUGACAGUUUUUUUCUAGAAAUUCGUCAAUCCUUUCAUCUUUUUUACAUCUUCCUUUUCGGCAUCUUAUGACACAGCGAAAGGUUGGGAAAAUGGAAGAUGUGACUCUUGAAUCCACAAGACACGAAUCUGGAGUGCGAGAAGAACGAAAAUUGGGCCUUGAACCCUUAAAAGGCAUGAUUUUCCCCAAUUCUCGAAUCCACAAGGAUCAAAAAAUGUCGUUGAAUCCACAAGGGUUGAUCCUUGGAUCCACAAGGAUCAAAAAUAACUCCCUUGAAUCCAGAAGGGUUGUUUGAAUCCACAUACACUCAAAAUUCUCUCAAAGAAUUGGGGAUGAUCUGAGCCUAUUUAAAGGUUAGGAUGUUUGAAUCAAGGUAUCCUGGAAUUACAACAUCCUAACCUUUAAAUAGGCUCAAAUAAGUUGCAACUCUCUUAAAAAAUGGGAUGAUCUGCUACAAAAAAGAAUAUAGAACGACCUAACGGAAAUAUACUUGACUAAAUUAACAACUCUGACGAGUUAUUCACGCAUUUUAUUUGGGCCUAGUCUAAUUUUGGGCCUUUUUGGAUCUUGUCAUGUUUUUAGCCCAUAGUUCACGUUUCCAGAGUGCCUUGCCCACCAGUGUUGGACUUUCCCUGCUUCUAUCUAUGCUGUUCUACAUCACCAACAAAGAUCCAUGAAGGUUUUUUCCCAUGUUGUCUUGAUGCUGAAGCAUUCGGAGAUCAGAGCCAAUUGAAUUAAUAAGCCAUACCCCCAGACAAGUUUCUCUUGAGCAACUACCAUAAGAAAUCUCUUGGCUCUCAAAGGGAUGGAUUUAUCAGAAAAUCACUCUUGCGUUGACUCCUUGAUCUACCACUUUCUUCAUUGAACUUGUCUCAUCGCCUGUAUGUUUCCAACAGCAUUUAUGUGAGCCUGGGUAACCUCAUGUCUAAAUGAUAGAGAAUUCAUAUUAAUUUCCUCCAAACUAUAUUUCGAAAGCUCUUUGAAUCUUAACUCUCGUGGCGACGUGAGCCUGGGUAACCUCAUGUCUAAAUGAUAGAGAAUUCAUAUUAGUUUCCUCCAAACUAUAUCUCGAAAGCUCUUUGAAUCUUAACUCUCGUGGCGACCACAAGAUGAUUACUAUGAUCUGCACUGGGAAAGGAGGGCACCCGAGUCAACUUCCCAAAGAACACCAAGGGCAUUGACCACCUUGUAUAAAACUUUGUAUAAUUGUUUUCUCCCCAGCACUCAGAACUAAUCCCGGCUAAUAAGCCCAGUUCCUUCACCACGCAGAAAUCUUCACCAGCAUUCAAUUUCCUCCCUCUAUCUGGCCUCUUGCUAGUUGAAACAACUCUUGUUUACACUCCUGGCAUGAAGGGCAUAAAAAUGGAAGAUUUGAUCGGUUUCACGGGCUUCAACAAAUAUUUUUUAACCAUGGUCUCUGUUUUCUUCUCGAUUAAACUGAGCCAUAUCCUUUGGAUUGCAGCUCGGAGUCUCUAAGGUGGCCAACUGUUGGAAAAUACAGAGUGGACGUAUCAUCUUUCGAAUCUCUGGCUCUGCCAGAGUUGCAGGUAACACCCGGUGCAAUGAAACCAGUGAUUAGAAGCCAUUUUCGCAGUUUCUGAAUCUUUUUUUUUUUUUUUCUUAGGUGAAGAAUGGCACAGAUCUGUUCAUCAUUGAUGAAGUGGGUAAAAUGGAGCUGUAUAGCUCGCCAUUCUUCCCCGCUGUUCUGCAAGUUCUUGACUCGGGCAUCCCAUUGCUGGCUUCUAUACCCAUCCCAAAGGCCGGCCGCGACAUUCCUGGAGGUACCCACUGCCCAUUACCAUAUCCAUAUAUAUAUAUAUAUAUUAAUAUAUUAUAUUGUUCUAAUAGUAGUAGUAUCAUGAUCAUUCUCCAUGACAUCUUUCCCUUCUGGUGUUCUAGAAGCCAUCAUGUCAUGAAGCGCUGACUCUGUUCUACCCAGUUUCAUCAAGAUGCUAAUCAUCUGACCAUGAAAAACCCAGUUUCAUCUCUGAGGAUACCUGAUCAGGUGGCUCCUGUCAUCAAUAUGAUCCGAAGCUAACAAGGUUGACUAUUGGACUAAUCAGGUUGACUUCAGGUUCGGUUUCACAAUGGGUCAUAUUCAUCUCUCAGGAGAUCAGAUCACCUUUCUCCGAUCAUUGACCUGAUGUGAAUCUGACUAUUGGACCAUUGAGAACCCAUUUCGGAACACUAGUCAGCUCAACUUCCACGAUUGGUCAGAUUCACCUGGCUCCAAUCUUCAAUCGGAAGUGAACCUUACCCGGUUGACCAAUUGGAUCAUUACAAACCAAAACCGACCGAAAGUCUGUUGACUAAUUGACUUUGACUUUCGGCCCAAUCAACCACAUUCUGUCUCUGAGGAAUCCACACCAGCUGUCCCCAGUGUUUGAUCUGAUCUGAAUCUGACCAGCUGGUCCUUGAUGUGGCAGUUGCAAGGUUGAGGAAUCAUCCGGGGGCGACUCUGUACACGCUCAGCUUAGGAAACAGAGACGCCAUCAAAGAACAGGUAUACUCCCAGCUGGUCAACUCGUUGUCUUGGCAAUGA